AUGACCACAUCAGAGCAAUCUAUGAAUAAGGAUAUGGAUGUGGAUACAUCCAUGGAUAUUGAUACACCACGUGAUGUUCGUCUUCUACAUCUUUUGUUGGCAUCCCAAGCUAUUCAUCAAUAUGAAGAAAAAGUGCCCUUGCAAUUAAUGGAUUUUGCUUACAGGUACACUAAAGGUGUAUUAAAAGAUGCUAUGAUAUACAAUGAAUACAAAAUGAAUAAUUUAGUAGAGGAUAAUACUCCUGUGAAUACUACUAGUAAUAAAGAAUCAAAUAUAGAUAGCAAUAAGAAGAGUAGUAUUGCUGCUGAUAAUAAUGCCUCUGGAAAUACUGACGGCAGAGAUACUGCUACUGCUGCCACUACUACUUCCAACACUACUGACGCAAAUGCUGAUUCUAAAACAAAUAGUAGUAAUACUAAUAGCAAUUCUGCCACAACUGCAACCACAAGCACUGUUACCGCCACUGCUACAACAACAAUAACAACUUCUAACACUAAUACAUCCAAUACAACUUCGACUAAUACAAGUAACAGCAGUUCUAAUCUGGCACCAGACCAAUUAACUAUAGAAGACAUACGGCUAGCCAUUGCAUCUAGAACGCAGUACCAAUUUAAACCCACUGCACCAAAGGAGUUAUUGUUAAAGUUGGCAAGUGAAAGAAAUAAGAAGCCAUUACCACAAGUAAUGGGGUCAUGGGGUGUUAGAUUACCGCCAGAGAAGUAUUGUUUAACUGCAAAGGAAUGGGGGAUUAAUCAAAAUAAACAAACAAGUAGAUAA